AUGUACUCUGCAGCUCAGGGUGGUGAGGCUUUGGGGGCAGCGCCUCGGUCCCCCAACGGAAGCCAGCAAACCUACGUAAACGAGGCCGAAAUGGCAAACCACAUCGCCACGGACAACAGCAGGUCAUACCUGGACGGCCAGGAUCUGGGAUCGAAGGAUAGGAAGGCAGGCAAAGGCGAUUCUGGGGACUCGACAUCGACGAGUGAUGAUGACACCGGAAACGAGACUGAGAUGGAACGUCGACACUCCAUCGUGCAAGACCUUGCCCGGCAGUACACUCAACACUCGAUCGUCGACAUCCAAGGGAACCCGCAAACCCUUUUCGGAAGCGAUGACCCCAACUCGAAACUCAAUCCCCGUGGCGAAAAGUUCAGUGCGCGAUCAUGGGCGAAGACCCUCGCCAAGAUGACCACUGAGCAGGGCGCAGGAUUCCGACAGGCCGGAUUUUGCUAUCAAAACAUGAACGUCUUCGGUUACGGCAAUGAGACGGACUACCAAAAGGAUGUCUCCAAUGUCUGGCUCGAGGUAUCGGGGCUUGCCAAAAAGCUUACGUCAAAGACCGGCGGCCAGCGACGUAUCGACAUUCUGCAAGACUUGACGGUAACGAAUACAUUCGCGGCGUUUCUGGUGGUGAGCGAAAAGCGUGUGUCCAUCGCUGAGGCUACUCUCUCGAACGCUCCUUUGCAAUGCUGGGAUAACUCAACUCGUGGUCUCGAUUCGGCUAAUGCUGUCGAAUUCUGCAAGACGCUGAGGCUGCAGUCGGAACUUUUCGGUCAGACGUGUGCCGUGUCAAUCUACCAGGCCCCCCAGAGCGCCUAUGACUUGUUCGAUAAGGUUGCUGUUCUGUAUGAAGGCAGACAAAUCUUCUUUGGCUCCACGAAGCGGGCUAAGGAAUACUUCGAAAACCUCGGAUUCGACUGCCCAGCGCGCCAGACAGUUCCGGAUUUCCUGACAUCUAUGACUGCUCCUUCGGAACGUGUUGUGCGCCCUGGCUGGGAGUCUCGAGUUCCUCGAAGCCCUGACGACUUUGCGGCGGCUUGGAAAGCCAGCCAGGCGUUCCGUGAUCUACAGGUCCAGAUCCAGGAGUACAAGUCUGUCCACCCCGUCGACGGUGUUGAUGCACAGGCCUUCCGCAACAUCAAGUCUGCUGUCCAGUCCAAGAACCAACGACUCAAGUCUCCUUUCAUUCUGUCGUACCCUCAACAGGUCAAGCUUUGCCUGUGGCGUGGGUGGCAGCGCCUCCUGGGUGAUCCGUCCUUGACCGUGUUCCAACUCCUCGCCAAUUCGAUCAUGGGUCUGAUUAUUUCCUCUCUAUUCUACAACAUGCCGCAAACGACAUCAGCCUUCUACAGCCGUGGCGUUGUCCUCUUCACUGCCAUUUUAACCAACGCCUUCUCCAGUGCCCUUGAAAUUCUGACUCAGUACGCCCAACGACCUAUCGUGGACAAGCAUGUGCGCUACGCAUUUUAUCACGCAUCCGCUGAGGCCUACUCGUCUGUCCUGGUGGAUAUGCCAUACAAGAUCGCCAACAGCAUCGUCUACAAUUUGGUCAUCUACUUCAUGACAAACCUCAACCGCGAACCGGGUGCCUUCUUCUUCUUCCUGCUGGUAUCAUUCCUGAUGGUCCUGACAAUGUCCGGAAUCUUCCGCUCCAUCGCUUCGCUCUCUCGAACCCUGUCCCAGGCAAUGGUCCCCGCCUCCAUCCUCAUCCUGGCUCUCGUAAUCUUCACCGGCUUCGUUAUUCCUGUCGACUACAUGUUGGGUUGGUGCCGCUGGAUCAACUACAUUGAUCCUGUCGGUUAUGGCUUCGAGGCCCUUAUGAUCAAUGAGUUCCACAACCGAGACUUUACCUGCAACGCCUUUGUGCCCAGUUCCGCUGUCGCGGGCUACGAGGACAUCUCGUCCACCAACAGGGCUUGUUCCGCAGUCGGCUCCGUAGCUGGGUCUGAUGUGGUCAACGGCGACACGUAUAUCCAGGCGGCCUACAAGUACAACCACAGCCAUAAGUGGAGGAACGUUGGUAUCCUCAUUGGCUUUGCCAUUGCCUUCCACGUUCUCUAUUUUGUCGCUUCGGAGUACAUUUCGGCCAAGAAGUCCAAGGGUGAAGUCCUUGUUUUCCGCCGCGGCGCUCUUCCCACCACCGCCAAGGGCCAGGACGAUGUCGAAGGAGCCCUUUCCGGACCGCUCCCCGUUACCGAGAAGCCCAACGGCAAGUCCACCGACGGCGUUAUUCAGGCUUCCACAAGCGUGUUCCACUGGAACAAUGUCUGUUAUGACAUCAAGAUCAAGGGCGAACCUCGAAGGAUUCUAGACCACGUUGACGGAUGGGUCAAGCCCGGUACCCUCACGGCCCUCAUGGGCGUGUCUGGCGCCGGAAAGACGACGCUUCUCGACUGCCUCGCUGAUCGUGUGUCCAUGGGCGUUAUAACUGGCGAGAUGCUCGUUGAUGGCAAGAUUCGCGACCAGUCAUUCCAGCGCAAGACGGGCUACGUUCAGCAGCAGGACCUCCAUCUCGAAACCACCACUGUCCGUGAAGCCCUGGAGUUCAGCGCCCUUCUGCGCCAGCCUGAGUCGACGCCGCGCGCCGAGAAGCUUGCCUACGUGGACGAAGUCAUCAAGCUUCUCGAUAUGCAGGAAUACGAGGGCGCUGUGGUCGGCGUGCUAGGCGAGGGCCUCAACGUUGAACAGCGGAAGCGUCUGACCAUCGGAGUCGAACUCGCUGCGAAGCCACCUCUCCUGCUCUUCGUCGAUGAGCCCACAUCGGGUCUCGACUCUCAAACAUCAUGGGCUAUUCUUGACCUACUGGAAAAGCUGUCCAAGGCUGGCCAGUCUAUCUUGUGUACGAUCCAUCAGCCCUCGGCCAUGCUUUUCCAGCGGUUCGAUAGAUUGCUGUUCCUCGCCAAGGGUGGUAGGACCGUCUAUUUCGGUGAUAUCGGAGAGAACUCAAAGACCCUCACAAACUAUUUUGAGCGCAACGGUGCCGAACCCUGCCCCCCCGGCGAGAACCCAGCCGAAUGGAUGCUCUCUGCCAUUGGCGCCGCACCCGGAUCUGAGACGAACGUCGACUGGCACCAGGCCUGGCGUGACAGCCCCGAAUACCAGGACGUCUCCCAUGAACUCGAACGUCUCAAGGCGAACGCGACCCCUACUGCCACUGACAAGGCCUCCCAGGCAGACGACAAAGCUUCGUUCCGCGAGUUUGCUUCGCCUCUGUGGAGCCAGCUGCUCAUCGUCACGCGCCGCGUCUUCGAGCAGUACUGGAGAACCCCUUCUUACAUCUACUCCAAGUUCAUUCUCUGCUGCUCCGUGGCCCUAUUCAUUGGUCUCGUGUUCCUCGACGCCCCAUUGAGUAUGCAGGGAUUGCAGAACCAAAUGUUCGCCAUCUUCAACAUCUUGACCAUUUUCGGCCAGCUCGUCCAGCAACAGAUGCCGCACUUUGUCACGCAGCGCUCGCUCUACGAAGUCAGGGAACGGCCGUCCAAGACGUACAGCUGGAAGGUGUUUAUGCUCUCCCAGAUUAUCGUCGAGAUCCCCUGGAACUCGCUCAUGUCCGUCUUCAUGUUCAUCUGCGUCUACUACCCCGUCGGCCUGUACAAGAACGCCGAGGCGGCCGGCCAGACGACGGAGCGCGGCGGCCUCAUGUGGCUGCUCUUCUGGCAGUUCCUCAUCUUCACCUGCACGUUCGCGCACGCCUGCAUCGCCAUCACGGACACGGCCGAGGCGGGGCGGCAACCUGGCCAACGUGCUCUUCAUGAUUCGAACUGCAACUACUGUCCCAUCGCCGACACGAAUGUCUUCCUCGACGCUGUCAGCGCGUCAUAUGACAACCGAUGGCGCGACUUUGGCAUCGGCAUGGUGUACAUCGCUUUCAACAUCGCCGCGUCGCUGGCUCUCUACUGGCUCGUCCGCAUGCCCAAGGGCAAGAAGAAGGCCUCGAGCUGA